AUGGUCAAGAAGGGGCAAGCAAAGGGUGGGAAACCUGGGGGCGGCGGCGGAGCGAAAAAGCCAUCCCCAGCAACAACUGGAGGAGAUGACAGCUUUAUCGUCUUCUCAAAUUCCGACAAAGAUCCUAAACCAAAGAAGCCGGCAGCAAACAAUGCGGGAACAUCUGCGACGGGUGCAGGGGCGCAAGAUGGGCCUGCGCUGCUUGGAGAAGCACCAAAGAGACCAGACGUCAAGAAGAUCAUUGGUGGGGCAUCGUGGACAGGAAAGCUACCUGUCAAUAUGCUGUCUGAGCAUUGUCAGAAACAGAGAUGGGAGAAACCAGAGUAUACAAUGUCCAAGACGCCUGAAGGUUUCUCCUCCAUGGUCAUUCUCAAAUCGAAGAAUCCGAAGACACAAGAGCUCGUGCAGCUACAGCCUUUCAAACUUCCUCCCACACACAAGCACCUUGCUGCGAAACCGACUGCUCUCGAGGCAAGACAUUUUGCCGCAACUUAUGCCCUCUUUCGAGUGUGCAGCAUGCGAAAUAUACAUAUGAUGUUGCCUCCCGACUAUCGAGAUUUGUGGAAGGGAGAGUUUGAGGUCCUUAAGAAAGAAGAUGUCAAGGAUGGCAGAUCGUGGAUGUACGAAGGAGACCCAUUUGCAGCCCUUCGCGAAAGAGAGGAAGCCAAAGCAACCAUGGAAAAGAAGCGAGUAGAACGGGACAAGGCUAGAGAGAAAGCUUUGAAUACGCCUGGGGGGCCUGGCGGAGCCAAUCUUGCUCUACACGGGGGUCCGAGUAGUUCCAACACAGGCUCUCAUAAUUUGAAUCGAGGAUGGACGCGGGUACCGAAAAUUGAGAUGGGUAAACGGACACGCACUUCGGUUGAAGGCCUGAUUCGACGACAUGCGAUCUGGAAUCCCCAUGAUGUUAAAUUGUCGCAAUUCCAGAAGCAUUCCAUUGUCAACGAAUUUAAAGCUUUGGAGUUUCGACAGAGUCACGUCGAGGAGGCUGUGGAAGAGUGCAAGGACCGAGAAGAGACUCUCGAAUGGCUCCUCAUCCAUGUACCAGAGGACGAUCUUCCCAGGUGGGCUUUACCUGAAGGAUACGUAGCUGGUAUCAGUAUGGCCAGUAGCGACCUGAAGAAAGAGGGUGCAAUCAAACGAUUGGCUGAGGCGGGUUACUCCCUUGACCUCUGCAAGCAGAUCUAUGAAACACACGGAGAAGAAGGCAAAUCGGCAGAGGCUUUGCAAGCUAUUCUUUUAUCGUCUGGUCAAGACCAGGACAUGCCUCAAGCCGAGGAAUCAUGGGACACUGAAGACUCGAAAGAGCAGUCUAUGGGCAUAUGGGAAGAAGAGUUGACUAGUCUCCAGUCUGUCUUUGGCGAUAAAUAUUCGCGACCGUCGAAGGAUUUUUGUCGAAUAGCUAUCAAGCCAUCCAAUCGAGGUCGGAAUCCUGAAGUUGAUCCAGUCAUCCAAAUUAGACGUACACCAGAGUACCCCCAAAAACUUCCGGUUAUUUCUGUGCAUGCGGCCUUGCCGGCUUAUAUACGUCUUAGCAUGAUGAAGCAAGCUCUGAAUCAUGCUAUUGACAAUCUUCUUGGAGAGCAGAUGGUUUUCUUUCUCAUAGACUGGAUAGAGCAAAAUUUUUACAGCAUUUUCGAGAGACCUGGUAAGCUUCGAGACGUCUCUGCUGCUGCAUCUACUGUCAGCGAAUUACGUCCAGUACAUCGAAAGAAACAAAAGAUGUCAAGACAUCCUAGACCAAUCGCAUGGACAACCAAUCAGAAGAGCAAGGAGGAUUGGACGAGGCGGCAGACUGAUCCGAAGUUGCAAGCUAGAAUCCAGCAACGAAAGACGUUGCCUGCUUGGGAGAUGAGAGAAAUCAUAAUUGAUACUGUUGAAUCACACCAAGUUACUAUCAUUUCUGGAGAGACAGGUUCUGGUAAAUCUACACAGUCAGCCCAAUUCAUCUUGGACGACCUAUAUCAAAGAGCUUUAGGCGAUUCCACUAAGAUCAUAUGCACACAACCACGAAGAAUAUCUGCGCUCGGUCUUGCUGACCGGGUAAGUGACGAACGCUGCUCCACGGUUGGUCAAGAAGUUGGUUACAUUAUUCGAGGGGAGUCGAAAGCAACGCAGAGCACGAAAAUCACGUUUGUCACUACUGGUGUUCUAUUGCGAAGACUUCAAACAUCCGGGGGUAGCAGUGACGAUGUUGUUGCAAGUCUCGCAGAUGUCAGUCACGUGAUUAUUGACGAAGUUCACGAGCGAAGUUUGGACACCGACUUCCUACUUGUCCUUCUCCGAGAUGUACUCAAGAAGCGCAAAGACCUCAAACUUAUUCUCAUGAGUGCCACUCUCGAUGCUGGGGUAUUUGAAGAUUACUUCAAGAGCAUGGGCAAGGUCGGCCGAGUUGAGAUCAGUGGCAGAACAUAUCCUGUUGAGGACUAUUACCUAGACGAUGUGAUUCAAAUGACCGGUUUCAACGCCGGUCGUACCUCUAGACGAGACGAGGAUGCUGCUGAUACUGCUGGUAUGGAUUCGGAAAUCGCCGCUGCUAUUCAGAGCAUUGGGAUGCGCAUCAAUUAUGACCUUAUCACACAGACAGUGAAGGAGAUCGAUGCAGAACUUUCACAUCUGAAGCAAGAUGGAGGUAUCUUGAUCUUCAUGCCUGGUGUGGUCGAAAUCAAUCGAACACUGGAUUUUCUACGAUCAAUACCGAACCUUCACGCAUUACCACUUCAUGCUUCUCUUCAGUCUGUUGAGCAACGACGAGUGUUCCCUCAUGCUCCGGCUGGGAAGCGAAAAGUAGUAGUUGCUACUAAUGUUGCUGAAACUUCAAUCACCAUCGACGACAUUGUGGCUGUGAUUGAUACAGGACGUGUCAAGGAGACAAGCUAUGAUCCUCAGAAUAAUAUGCGGAAGCUCGAAGAAGUCUGGGCAUCACGUGCAGCUUGCAAACAGAGACGUGGUCGAGCGGGUCGUGUCCAGGCCGGAAAAUGCUACAAGUUAUACACUCGCAAUGCCGAGAUGACCAAGAUGGCCGAGAGACCAGAGCCAGAAAUUCGAAGAGUACCACUAGAGCAACUUUGUCUUUCCGUUCGUGCGAUGGGUAUCAAAGCUGUCGGGGCUUUCUUGGCAAGCGCUUUAACACCACCGGAGAGUAUGGCAAUAGAUGGUGCAAUGGAAUUGCUUGGGAGAAUGGGCGCUCUUGAUGGUGAUGAUCUCACUGCGUUGGGUCGCCAUCUGUCUAUGAUUCCAGCCGAUCUUCGAUGCGGAAAGCUCAUGGUCUACGGUGCUAUGUUUGGCUGUCUCGAGCCUUGUGUCACUAUCGCAGCCAUCUUGACAGUCAAGUCCCCCUUCGUCUCUCCUCAAGACAAGAGAGAAGAAGCAAAAGCUGCAAGGGCAAGAUUCGCCAAGAAUCAAGGUGAUCUGAUUGGCGACCUCAAAGCCUAUGAGCAAUGGGACGAAAUGAUGAGCAACAGGAGCAUCCGCCAAGGAGAAAUCCGCAACUGGUGUUCAGAAAACUUCCUCAACUUCCAGACCCUCAGCGACAUCUCAUCAAACCGCACACAAUACCUAACCUCCCUUCGCGAAUUAUCAUUUAUCCCUUCGUCAUCCGCCGCUAUCUCAUCCCUCAACAAGAACAAUUCCAAUACCUCACUCCUCCGCUCUCUCAUCGCAGGUGCAUUUAACCCCCAACUGGCACGCAUCGACUUCCCCGACAAGAAAUUUGCCCCUUCCGUCUCCGGCGCCGUGGAACUCGAUCCAGAAGCCAAGACCAUCAAAUAUUUCAACCAAGAAAAUGGACGUGUUUUUGUACAUCCCAGCUCGACGGUCUUUGAUGCGCAAGGCUUUCCAGGAAAUAGUGUAUAUAUGAGUUAUUUCAACAAAAUGGCUACAAGCAAAGUUUUUAUUCGGGAUUUGACUCCAUUCAACGCUUACACUGCGCUCCUGUUCUCUGGGCCAAUCACACUCGAUACAUUAGGUCGUGGCCUCGUUGUAGAUGGCUGGCUACGUCUACGAGGCUGGGCACGAAUAGGUGUUUUGGUUAGUAGGUUGAGAGGAAUGCUUGAUGAUGUGUUGGCGAGGAAAAUCGAUGAGCCGGAAUUGGAUUUAGCUGGCAAUGAGGUCGUCGAGGCUGUGCUGCAUUUGGUCGAGUUGGAUGGCUUGGAUCAGUAG